CUAUCUAUCUAUCUCUACAUGUAAAUGUUUCUUUUUUCCGUUGAACUUUUGUGAAUGAAAAAUUGAAAAAAUGUAUCUCAUCAUUGUCAAGAAGCGUGAAUAUAUGAUCACAUUUACAAUAAUUAGAACUGUAGUGAAUGAUCUUCUUAUUGUUAUCAGUGUUGUCAUGAUCAUAUGUAGUAUAGCAAAAUAACUAGAAAUGAUAAGCAUUCUACAGAAUGAAUCACAAUGUUAAGGUAGGUAUUGAUUUGCUACACUUUACUUGGAAUUGUGCAAGAGUACUGUCAGGGAUAAAUGUUGUGUAAGCAAUAACAUAGUUGACAACAGCGUGUGCCAGAGUCCAGUCCUGUCAGGUUGGGGUCUUCUGAACCAUUCAGACAGUUAAAGAAUCAUUGCUGUCCUUGGGCUUGAGUUAUUUACUCCAUGGCUUCAGCUAAUACUUAUCCCAGAGUUCUUUUUUCUCUGGACUCCUACUAUGUAUCUGAGGAGCUCGGCUUUGUCCUUCCAAAGCCUCUGGAUAAGCUGCCCCCUUACUACCAGCCGUGGAUGGAUGUUGCCAUGCAUGUCCCAGAGCUUGUGCAAAGUCAAGAGUUACGUUCACAUGUUAACAAGAUGGCUCUGCUGAGCACUGAGUUUCUGCAGAAGCACAGAGAGUUACGGCUGGCCCACCUGGCCCUAAGCAUGAUGACCAUGGGAUAUGUCUGGCAGGAAGGAGAAAACAACACUGUUAAUACAUUGCCAAGUAGCCUGGCUGUGCCAUAUUGGGAGGUGUCUCAGCGCUUAGGGCUUCCACCAAUUCUCACCCAUGCAGAUGCAGUUUUGGCAAACUGGAAGAAGAAAGACCCAAAUGGACCUUUUACCAUGGAGAACCUUGAUUUGUUGGUCAGCCUCCCAGGUGGGGAGAGCGUCAGAGGUUUCUUCUUGGUCACUUUGCUGGUGGAGCUGGCAGCUGUUCCUGCACUGAGGAACAUUCCUGUUGUCAUCAACGGUGUGAGAUGUUGUGACACUGAAGCUGUGGCCAGAGGCCUGGAGAUCAUAAGCCAGUCAAUACAGGACAUGACCGACACUCUCAAGCUGAUGCAUGUGUAUGUGGAGCCGUCGGUCUUCUAUGGCAUUAUGAGGAUCUACCUGUCUGGGUGGAAAGAUAACCCGGGCAUGCCAAACGGUCUGGUGUACGAAGGUGUGCAGACUGAGCCAAUGGAAUAUUCUGGAGGGAGUGCUGCACAGAGCAGUCUACUGCACUGCUUUGAUGAACUUUUGGGCGUCAACCAUGAAGAAAAGAGCCGUUCCUUCCUCACGCGCAUGAGGAACUACAUGCCCCCUGCACACAAGAAGCUGAUCCAGGACAUCUCUUCACAACCAUCCCUGAGGAGUUUCGUCCAGCAACAGGCCAGCGAGCGUCUAAACCAAGCCUUCCGUCUCUGCGUCUCGAAGCUGUUGGCCUUGCGAAGCUACCACAUUAAUGUUGUGAGUCGGUUCAUCACUGUACCCGCCGCACAAGCUCGGCGCCUCCGUGAGCAGAGCCAGAGCGCAGAGGGGGGGGUGGUCAGCAGAGCUCCCACAGCCCUGGAGGCCACGGGCACUGGCGGCUCCGGCAUCAUGACCUUCCUCAAAACAGUGAGGGACCACACGAAAGACACCCUACUGCCUGAAACGAGCAAAGAAGUAAAUCACCACAGUUGAAAUGUCAUCACAGAUGAGCCCGUAAAUCGUUUCUGAUAACUCUGAUACACAUUUAUUUUUCUGUCAAUAAAAAGUUAGCGAUUCGUAAGAGU